UUUCGCCCCCCAAACCUCCCAAAGGGGUCAGACUCAAUCUACAGUACAAUCAAUCGGUUCAUGUCGCAGGCGAUACCGGCAUAGACCUCAUUCCUGGCGUGUGCACCUUUCCAACACGAUCCAACGCCCCUCCCUUCAUUCGGCCUCAAUCCUUUGAUCUCGCACUCUCCCCGCUUCCGCCAAACUCACCACUUCCACCUUCCCUCCCUCCUCCCCCCCACUCCCCCCCCAAACGCACCGUUCGAUAAAUCCUCAUGGCCUCAGCCGGGGGCUUGACUCGCCGGAGAGGUGGCGGUCGAGUCGCUGGCGCAGAAGACAAUGAUGACAGCAGAGUCUCUUCGCCCAUAUCGAGAAACGGUUCGUCGCUGGACAACCGCGUCCCCGAAACGUCAUUCACCAGCGCCGAAAAUGGUCAUAAGAUCGCGUUCGACCCCCGAGACAUCAGCGAAACGGAGGAGCGCAGCAAACAGCCCAAGCUCACCCUGAUGGAGGAGGUACUCCUACUGGGAUUGAAAGAUAAACAGGGCUACCUUUCGUUCUGGAAUGAGAACAUCUCCUACGCCCUGCGAGGGUGCAUCGUGAUCGAACUGGCCCUCCGCGGUCGCAUCAGCAUGCAGAAGGAUUCCUCUCGACGACGUUUCCCCUUGGCCGAUCGGGUGAUCGAGGUGAUCGAUGACACGCUGACGGGCGAGGUCUUGCUGGACGAGGCGUUGAAAAUAAUGAAGUCGAGCGAGAAGAUGAGUGUCAACUCCUGGAUCGAUCUACUGAGCGGUGAAACAUGGAACUUGAUGAAGAUUGGUUACCAGCUGAAGCAAGUGCGCGAACGUCUCGCCAAGGGCCUGGUCGACAAGGGCAUCCUGCGCACCGAGAAGCGCAACUUCCUCCUCUUUGAUAUGGCUACACACCCCGUGGCUGACGGCGGCGCCAAGGACGACCUCCACCGCCGUGUCCGCAACAUCUGCAGCAGUCGCACCGUCAUCCUUCCCGGCAACGCCUGGCUUCCCGAGGACGCUGAAUUCCGCUACCUGCGGACGAUCACCAUGGUAUGCGCCGCGUAUGCGGCCAAUGUUCUGGAGAAUGCGCUGGUCACAAUGAGCCACGAGGCUCGGGAACGGGCAUUCGCGCAGGUAGAUGAGUUGUUGGCCGAGUACUCGCAGUGGCCGUUCGGCCGGAGGGCAGGUGGCUCGCAAGCCAUCGGAGCCAAUCUGGCGCAGGCUAUUAAUGACGAGGUGAACAAGGCUAAGGACAAAGAGCUCCAGUUGGAGAUUGUGGCAGCAUGUUUGAGCGUUUUCACUAGACUUGAUUCUCUACUGUAAUAGGCUUUUUCUUAUUCCCAUAUCCCCCCCGCCCUCUGCUAUAGCCUCCCUCCCCAGCUCUAUCUCAUUUUCAAAUCUCGUCUAUUACUGAUACUACCAACUUUCAUCGUCUUUCUCUCUCCGAGA